AUGGAGGCAAUCAAGAAAGAGCAUGACAAGGUGUGGAACAAUUCCAAGCAGUCCAAGACUGUCGGCCAUGUCGACGACAUAAUCAGGUCACUUCAAAGGGCGCGGGACGCCAUUGCCGAGGACCCUAACUCCAGACAAAUCACUCUUGCGAAACUGCAGAACCCCGUCAAGUCAUCAUUUGAUGGCAUAUUCACCGGCCUGAAAGACACACAUGGGUUGCACAAUAAGUACACCAGAGCGUUGGACAAGGUCUUCAAGGACAAAGUACCGAGCACGGACAUCGAUGCUCUUUCGGCUCACCCAACGCUGAUCAAUCGCGCUAUAUACUUACACCUGCUCCGAGAAGGACUCUUCGAUGUUGCUUCAGCGUUCCACUCGGAAGCACUUGAGCGGCAGAACCUUCGUGAGGAGACCGCGGCUCAGUUCGGCUUAGAUGUCUCCAUGGAACACCCAUUGGGCCUGGAUCAGAACUCGGAGGAGGACAUUCAAGAACAAUUCUCGAACAUGUAUCACAUUCUCAGCGAACUCAGGGAUAGCCACAACUUGCAACCAGCCAUUGACUGGGCGCGGUCCAACGCCUCUGCUUUGGAAGCCCGCGGCAGCAACCUGGAGUUCGAAUUAUGCCGAUUGCAGUUCGUCAAUCUCUUCAUGGAGCGUCGAGAUGAUGAUGGGCAUGACUUCGCUGGGCCUAUGCGCGCUCUUCAAUAUGCACAGACCGAAUUCCAAUCAUUCAGAGGACGUUACCUGGUAGAAAUCCAGCAGUUGAUCGGAGCUAUUCCAUUCUGCUCGAACCUGGAUGAUUCACCGUACAGUACUAGGUUCAACAACUCCACGGCAUGGGAAGAGGUUGCCACGUCAUUUACACGAGAGUUUUGCUCAUUACUAGAGCUAUCGGCAGACUCACCGCUAUACGUGGCCGCUACCGCUGGAGCAAUUGCACUUCCAACACUCAUGAAGCUACAAACCAUACAGAAGCAGAAGAGGACGGAGUGGACUUCACAGAACGAGUUACCUGUGGAGACACCGUUGCCUCCUUCUUACCGAUUUCAUUCUAUCUUCGUCUGUCCCGUGUCCAAGGAACAGACUACGGACCAAAAUCCACCGAUGAUGCUUCCGUGCUGCCAUGUGAUUGCGCAAGAAUCUUUGCAGAAGCUGAGUAAAGGUGCCAAGUUCAAGUGUCCUUACUGUCCGGUUGAGAGUCAUCCGAAAGAAGCGAAGAGAGUCUUUCUGUGA